CUUUGAAUCGGAAAGAAAUUCUUAUGAGUAUUUAUUAGUAAUAUUGUUUUAGUAUUAUAAAUAUUUCUUUCCAUAUAAUUUGCAGUCUGUUAUUGUUUGAACCAAAGCUGAGAUGAGAGAAAACCACAUAGUUAUUCCUCACCAAUAUUAUUUACUAUUAGCAGUUGCACAAGGAUGUAGCAAGCCCAUCUUUCCUCCCCUCCUUCCCUUCUCCCUUCACCACCUCCCUCCACAAUAGCAGGGGUGAGUCCAGGAACCCUGAGAGUUUACACUUAACAGCAUGAUCUGUUGAUACACUGUUCUUUUUGUAUUAAGGGAAGGUGAGAGUAUGUCCACAGGCAGCAGUGUGGGGCAGUGCAGCACAAGCCCUUGUGUCUCUAGUGGUGUGAAGUGAGGCAGUUCUUGGAGUUUUACACCUUCAUGUUUUGUACAGUAUGGAGGGCAUGAGGGUCACUCAGCUACACCUCACAAGUUGUCAGGUGCUGGUGCUUCUCAUACUGCUCACUGCUGCCUGCUGUCAGGGGACACCAAAUAAUAGUCCACACACCACAAAGAAGCUGCUCAGAGAUGCUAUAAAGGAGUACAAGACAAUUGUGGAGUACCUGGCCCGUCUCCUCCAUGCUGCUGAGACACACAAACCACCACCACCCACCACCACCACCACCUUCCACCACUCCACUGUCAGACGCAUCCCAUACCCCAAAAAUGUCCAUCCACUUCUUCCUUAUCACCCUUCUGCCCCUGAUGCUUCCUCCUAUGCCUCUCCCUUUCUUUCCACGACCUCUGCUUUGUCACCUCUUCCCUCUGAAUCUAUCCCCUUGACUUUCACUACAGAAAUACCAAAAGUUUCUUCAAAAAACACUGCAUCCUCGCUACUCAUCCCUACUUCUUUGUCACUUGUGCAUCCUAUCAGCUUAUCAUCAUCAAUGCUUUCCGACCACUCAACAUUGCUUUCCUUUAUGUCAACAUCCACCAUUUCUCCUGGCAGUGUCACUGAACCUCCUCUCAUUACACCCAUACUCAGUAAAUCCAUGACCUUGUCUUCUUCUGUCACUAGUAAACUCUUCCAUUCAUCUCAAGCUGUCAUCUCUACUUCUUCCUCUUCCCUUAUCAGACCUAUCAUGCAUUCACACACUUACUCACCCACUCCCACAACCUCUCCCUCUCCAAUCAGACCUAUCAUACAUCCACAGACUCACUCACCCACUCUCCCAUCCCUUGCUAGACCAAUCUUGCAUUCACAGACUCACUCACCCACCUCCUCAGCCUCUCCCUCUCUCAUCAGACCCACCUUGCAUCCAAAGACUCACUCACCCACCUCAACAACCACCGACACACUCUACUCACCCAUCUACCCAUUACUCAGUCACUCACCUCGUGUCUCUGCCUCCUCUCCCUCACCUGAUACAUCAAGUGCUUUUGGAGAUGAUGUAACAAAGGAUACUGAAGAUAAUGGGACAAGAAUGACUAGCAAGGAAGCAGUCCCUUUUCGCUCUAAUAUUCCACAGUCUGACUCCAUAGAUGCAAGUGAAUAUAAGAGCAUGUACCUUCAUAAUGUCUCAGGUGAUAAAGAGGAUAGCUUAGGAGGGAUAAGUGAAGCAAGGAACAGGGAGGGAAAAGACGAGAAAGAGCAGCAAGGAAAGAUAAAUGAUGAUGAAAGACCAGUGAGCAAUAUGGACAAACAAAACAAAGAUUGGCUAGUUGGUAACAAGAGAAAUGAUGACAAGAGGGUGUCUGGUAAUAGAAAAGCAGUGAAUGCUAAGAAAGUGAAUUUACACAUGAAGGGAACACAUGAAGAUGAGAUACUGACAGAAAGAGAAGAACACAGAGGAGAAGACAUGGAUAAUAGUGAGGAAUCCAAUGAAACUGAUGAGGAUACGGCUGAGGACUUGGAGAGUGAUAAGGGAUGGUAUAAGAUGAAGACACAGAAUGAAGAAGAGAGGAGUGGAGCAGAAAUGAAAGAUGAAGCAGAACUAAAGUAUAAGAAGAAAAGGAAGAAAGUACUAUUAUACAACCACCAAGAUAUUGAAGAUAUAGACUCCCCACAAAUCAAGAAGAAAAUAAAAGGAAAACUGAAACAUAGAGACAUUUCAAAGAGAACAUCCCUACUGCAAAAAAAGACACAGAUGAAAGAGAAAGACAAUAAUUACAGAGAGACAGAAUCACAACAAGUCAGGAAAAAUAAAACUGAACCGGAAAGAGACUCAAUGAACACCAGUCCAUCAGAAGUUAGUAAUAAGGAGCACAACAACAAUCACACUCCAAAGACAGCCAUGAAUUAUGAAACCAAAAAGCACAGAAAGAUCCAAAGUAAAAUAAAGAUGCAGGACAGUGUUCCAAAGAUACGAAACGCGCGUCAUGUUCUUCGGAUCCUUCCUGCCACCACCACUCAGCUUCCUCCUCACCCCUGCACCAAGACAACACCCAAAACUAUGCAGGGCCUUUGUGUCCAAGUCUUCAGUGCUCUGGUGGGGGUAGAGGAUGUGAUGUGGGAGAUAGCAAGAGAGGGAGUGACAAAGGAAGGCAUCCACACACUGCAAGAGAGAAGAGAGAUGCUUGGCAAGGUGGUGGAGAAGGUUGAGGCAGAUGUGUCCUUCUUCUUCGUGGUGCAGCACCAGGCGUUUGUGUCCUACCUUCAUCGACUGGACCAGAUGGUGGUGACAGCCAGGCAGCAGAGUGAGGCCAGUCUUGCUGGACGCCAAGGGCCAAGCCUGGUGGUGCUGGUGGCCAUGGGAGUCGGGGGGGGCCUAGUGCUCCUGGGCAUGCUGGUCACUGUGGUUCUUGUGGCUCGUCGCUGCCAGGUUCAUCGAGAGGAAGUGUGCUGCAAACAGAUACACACUGAGCAUAUACCAAUCCAAAGCUUCCUAGACUCUGGCAACACAAAUUCAGGCAUGAGAAAGGAUGAGCCUGACCCACCACACUCAGAAUCCACCCUGUGCUCCCCACCUGGCCAAGACCCAGAUAGCAGAGACUGUGGGGGAACUCAAGAAGCCCAAAGAUCACCCAAGGGAAACUGUACUUUCACCACUACUUUUGAUUCUGCUGCAGUAACCCACACGGCAGCUAAUGCAUACUUACUUAGCACUGUCAACCAUGCUGCUAAGGAUCAGUCUAUCCAUUCAGAUCCCAGCUUGCAGAAUCAUAAAGGAUAGGGUUAGGAUGGUGUGUGUGUGUGUGUGUGUGUGUGUAUUCAGUCUAUCCUGGAUGUUAUUUGUGAAUGGUUACCUGCAUAUCCCCUGUUCAGUUAGCUUUGUUAUGAGAGUGUUAGUCUUUAUCCAUAUUGAGCUUAUGUUGACUUCUCUCUAAUAAUUUAUCGUGAAAUUUGUCGCUUCCUUCCUUCUCCUUUGUUUCUUUUCCUUCCUUAAGUUUAAUCUAAUCUAAUCUCCAAGGUCUGUUUCUCUGAAUUCUCUCAGGGGUGGUCAUGAUAAGGCUUUCAUUAUCAUUACUCUUGUUAAUUAUCCUUUCAUUCCCAUGUUGUGUGUGUGUCAUACAAGACAAGUAAAAGCAACAAAAUGGAGUAGAAACUCUCUUGCCAUAUACAGUAGGGUACAUGACAACAAACAUGAUUUGUUCCAAUGUAGCAUUUGUUAUGGCAAAUGUGCAUUAUGGUAACUGAAGAACCUAUGGAUAGGUGGAUAGGUGAGCAGCAGCUCACAUAGCUUGUGAGUUACUCUUGCGAGCUUUGGUUUGUUAUUCCAAUUAAAUUUUUAUUUAAGUUUCAGUGCUCGCAAGAAUGGCAAGUUUGUCUUGCCAGUUUUGGUUAGUUAUUCUAGUUAAAUAUUAUUAAAAUUCCAGUGCUCACAUGAGUGGUAACUUUGUUAUGCCAGUUUUGGUUCGUCAUCCCAAUUAAAUAUUUAUUAAAAUUUCAGUACAUUAUUGCAAAUGUAUGUUAUAAUGACUGUGCGUUGUCACGUAACCUACUGUAUUUUUAUUCCUAUACUGAAAUAAAAAUGUAAUAUCUUGUCCAUAUUACUUAUCUUGAAAACCCAAGUAAGUUCCAAUAGAGUCUGGUUAAAGAAGCCAAGACAAAACAUUAGUGUUGAGGAUGUGGGCCUUGGAUCGUCCAGCAGCAUUGUGAACACGAGAACACAAUGAAAUACAGAGUCGGCAGGAUGCUAGUUGAAUUAUCUGAUUACAGUAGGUGAGGCAGAUCCUGAGCACUUGAAACUUAUAACUGUUAAUGUAUAUCUUAUUAUCACUGAGUCUAUAAAGGAUACAUGGAUAUACUUGACAUUCACUAUAUGGGUCUAGAUUACAUACAUACUGUGUACUAAUGACAUAAUGAUAAAGCACACAUCAGUAGCUCAUAACACUUGCCAUCAUCAUCCAUGAAUUCGUCCGACCUCCUUUUAAAACUGGCUAAUGUAUGUGCACUUAACCACAUUCAUCAUAAGUUUAUUUCACUCACCCACAACCCUGUCUGUGAACCAGGUCUAGCUUCAUUAAUUUCAAGGUUUGAAUGGGUGUUAUCAGUGGUUGUUGUCAGGUGUUGAAAUUAAUUGUACACCUUUUCUGCAUUGUGAGUACAUAGUGGCCUGAAUUAUGGGACAUCCUUGCUCUCAUUUCUAGGUACAAGUACACCAUACAUCAUUCCUCUGACACUCUCAAACCACUCCAAGAAAAUCCAAGUACUACAUUAGUUUUCAUAAUGUAGUGCAGUCUUCCUAUUGUUAUACUGUACUCCAGUCAUCGAAGGUGUAGGAUGCUAGUUUUGUGAUUUGCAUCUGUUUUAUGAAAUUAUCAUUAUUGUAAAUGGUGACUUUAUAUGCAGCAUGACCUAAUUUUUAUUGUUUGUUUUAUUUGGUCUUUGUAUUUUUUGUGGUCAAUAAAAGUCUGUCUAUCUAUCUAUCUGUCAAAUUGCUGUGUACAGGAUUACUGAAAGGACUAAUUUGUUCUUUAAAAGUGCAGAAAAGGGACAGUGUUUCCCUUUCUAUAGCUAUGAGUAUCAUUUAAACAGACUCUUGUGGCACCUAUGAGUACAUGGAUGUUUGCUGACACUCAGAGCACUGCAGGAAACUGUCUCCAUGGCUGUGCACAGUACCAAGAGAAUAGACUAGUUUUUAUCUAAAAAAAAGUUGAAGGUGAUUACUGAAAAAAAUUAUCCAUCAAUGAAAGGAUGAGUUGUUCUGAGGUGCUUGUUGUCAGUCAGCCUGUAUGAACAUGAAACAGUGCAAUGUAACCUGGCAGACUGCACUUUUUUUUUUCUUCAGUAUUAUACUAUGACUUUCUUUGAUGAUGUAUUGCAUUUGUCAGAAUAAUACAGUAUAUUCUAUUGUAGAUGUUUUGUUUAUGGUG